AUGGCACCUGUCGCCAUCGCAGAAACCUCAACCCCCGUCUAUAACCACAAGCGGGACGGCCAGGCUUUGGAGGAGACUUCCGAUGCCAUCGAUGAAGUCAACAUCCUCAAGGCCAACAUGAAAAAGCAACAUCAGCAGCAGCAGCAGCAGCAGCAGCAGCAGGAAAAGGACCUCUAUGAGGAGUCUGAGUUUGACAAUAACAAGGACAAGUCUACCUUUCGCCAGUACGAGAACGCCUGCGAUCGUGUCAAGAAUUUCUAUAAGGAGCAGCAUACCAAGCAGACUGUUGCCUAUAACCUCAAGGCCCGUCACGAUUUCCACAACAAAACCCGUGCCGAGAUGACUGUCUGGGAGGCCAUGGAGAAGCUCAACACGCUCAUCGACGAGUCCGAUCCAGACACCAGCCUCUCCCAGAUCGAGCACCUGCUGCAGUCCGCCGAGGCCAUCCGCCGUGAUGGCAAGCCCCGCUGGAUGCAGCUAACCGGGCUGAUCCACGACUUGGGCAAGCUUCUUUUCUUUUUCGACGCCGAGGGCCAGUGGGACGUGGUCGGUGACACUUUCCCUGUGGGUUGCGGCUUCGACGAGCGCAUCAUCUACGGCCGCGACUCAUUUAAGCAGAACGAGGACUAUGGCCACUCCGUCUACAACACCAAAUUUGGCAUAUAUAGCCCGGGGUGCGGCCUUGACAAGGUCAUGCUCUCCUGGGGCCACGACGAAUACCUCUACCACAUCGCUAAGGAGCAGUCUACGCUGCCUGACGAGGCUCUUGCUAUGAUUCGUUACCACUCCUUCUACCCUUGGCACAACGCCGGUGCCUAUUACGAGCUCAUGGACGAGCAUGACAAGGAGAUGCUUCGUGCCGUCAAGGCCUUCAAUCCCUACGACCUGUACAGCAAGAGCGACGACAUUCCCAGUGCUGAGGAGUUAAAGCCUUACUAUAUGGAGCUUAUCAAUGAGUACUUUCCCACAAAGGUCAUUCGUUGGUGA